GUAAAGUUUCUCUGCAACUUCACGUUACUGAAAUAUUUUAACUUUAAACAAAGGUAUUUGAAUAAUAUUUGCCUGAAUUAAAAACAACAUAAACAAAGCAAGCUUUAAAGUCUUUUAAAGUAACGGGUAAGGUCUGUUUACGAGUAUGAGUGCGGCAUGUUCAAGUUACUACAAUGCGGAGAAUGUGUUGGUCAAUGCUUUCACCUGUCCGAAACCGGGAAGUGAUGAGCGUGCUGUGUUCUGCUGUGGAUUUAACGACAUCAAAUAUUGCUGUGACGACCCGAACAGCUUUUUUCCAUAUGAGUAUGGAUAUAUGUGGUGGUUAAGUGUUGGGGCUCUGGUGGGUCUGUCUAUAGCUGCUGUUGUCCUGCUGGCCUUCCUUGUCACUCUCUGUGUCCUCUGUUACCUCUUCAUCGCUACUAAGCCCAAUCGGCUGGAGAGUGGCCUUCCACUCAGUGCGCCUGAACCAAGCCCCGAUCCCGGCCAUUCUGCUGGACCUCGGGGUUUCUGGAAACAUUUCCCAAGCAGUAAACUGGACUGUGCCAACCAGCCGGCUGAGCCCGAGCGCCUCUUUCAACGCUGCUUCGUGGGUACUGGCACCAGAGUGAACGUGGAAAGACCCUCGUAGGAGACCAGUCUAACUCUCUUUACUAAUUCUCAGAUUGCUAAUGAAGCCCUCUUGAUCCUUUAGACUGAGGAAUCACGGGCUAUAGGAAUGUAUGAUCACGAAACACAGGACACGUCUGAACUACCGUCCAAGUGAUAACAAGGGUGUUCAGCACCCAUAACCAAUAACAUUUUUUUUUGUUUGAGCUGACAAUAGAAAGCAUUCUGACAUUGGAUGAGUUUUUCCAAAAGCACAUUAAACUAGGGUGACCAUAUUUUUUGUUGUUUUUUAAAGGUGGGGGGCAGGACAAAUAACUGACUUCAGUUCUAAGUUAUGUUAUAAGGCCAGAUAAAUGCUUUCCAUUCAGUUCUUCCUUAUGAAUGAAUUAAUAUUAUACAUGUGCCUGGGCACAUUUUCCUGAAGAUCACAUCUGUUUUUAGAUACAAAAAUGCUGUCUUGACAAGCCAGAUUUCCACACAAACUUUGACUACAUCUAUAAUUCUGUCAAAUUUCUGUUUUAUUAGACUUACCAGCCUAGAAAAUAAGUUAAGUGACAUGUAGGUGGUUGUUUGUGAGUGUGAGGAACUCAAAUAUAUUUGUCUCAUGCAUUUUUCGCAAAAAAUUGGGCUCAACCCUCAGAAUGCCAGUAUCAGCGCUGGGAUUGGGCAUUUUUAUGACUAUUCAAAUCACUUUCAGGACUGUGAUUGGGCAUUUUUAGGCCUAUUCAAAUCUCUAUCAGCACUGUGAUUGGGCAUUUUAGUCCUAAUCAAGUCACUAUCAGCGCUGUGAUUGGGCAUUUUAGGCCUAUUUGAACACAUACCCUUAUCAUGCUUGCGCUUUUUUUUUUUUUUUUUUGAGUAUUGUGUUAUUAGAGUAGGCUAGCUUUUAAGCAAAAGCUAAAGUUAGCUCUGUCUGUAUAAGCACUUUGAAGUUUAACCAAAUUAAAAUGCUGCCAGUAUUUACAUUAGAUAUCAGAAUCAGCAUCAGACAGUGUAUACAAAAAGCCUACUUGUAAAUUUUUACUGUUGAAUGUCAGUCAUAUAUGAUCAUGUAUGAUCACAAAAGAGCAGUUGUUCUAAAAUAUGCAGACCAAACUCCAGAGUGUUGACAGUGGUGACCAAGGCAUGUUCUGGCCUAAAUGUAUGCCACAUUUAAAAACUCAUCCAAAGCCAAAGGAUGCAAAGAAAAAAUACAAUGUUUUUCAAAAUGUUGUAUUUCAUUCAUUAUUUACAGUGAAAAUAAAUGUA